AUGGCUGGCUCUCCGCUCUCGCGUUUCUUUGAUAUCCAGAUCGGCAAUCAGAAGGCCGGCCGCGUUGUCUUUGAACUUUUCAAUGACGUUGUUCCCAAGACCGCCGAUAACUUCCGGGCGCUCUGCACUGGCGAGAAGGGCGAGGGUACCCAGGGCAAGCCAUUGAGUUACAAAGGCUCCAUCUUCCACCGUGUGAUCAAGCAGUUCAUGAUCCAGGGUGGUGACUUCACUCAGUUCAACGGUACGGGCGGCGAGUCGAUCUACGGUGAAAAGUUCGAAGAUGAGAAUUUCGACCUCAAGCAUGACCGUCCAUUCCUGCUCUCCAUGGCCAACUCGGGCCCCGCCACCAACGGUAGCCAAUUCUUCGUGACCACCGUUCCCACCCCUCAUCUCGAUGGCAAGCACGUCGUUUUCGGUGAGGUGAUCAAUGGAAAGAGCAUCGUGCGCAAGAUCGAGAACCUGCCAACCCAAUCCGACAAGCCCAAGCUCGACGUGACCGUGGUCGACUGCGGUGAGCUCAAGGGCGAGGACUAUGAGAAUGCCAGUAAGCGGGUGCAGGACUCCACCGGAGACCCAUAUGAGGACUACCCGGAGGACCACCAGGGGGAGGAUUUGACCGCCCCCUCGGCUUUCCAGAUCGCUACCGAGCUGAAGGGUUUCGGAAACACCGCAUUCAAGGGUGGUGAUCACGAGCUGGGUCUGGAGAAGUACCAGAAGGCCCUGCGCUACCUGAAUGAGUUCCCCGAGCCUGCUGAGAAUGACCCCAAGGAGCUGGCUGAGCAGAUGAAGGCUCUCCGAUUCACCCUGCACUCGAACUCUGCUUUGCUCGCCAACAAGAUCGGGCGCUUCUCAGAUGCUAAGAAGUGGGCUGGCUUUGCCCUCGAAGUUGCGGAGGUCGCCAAGGCCAAGGAUGCCGAUAAGGCUAAGGUGUACUACCGUCGCGCCGUGGCAGAGAUUGGUCUGAGGGAGGAGGAUGAGGCCCUCAAGGACCUCCAGGAUGCUCUGAAGCUGUCCCCUAAUGACGUGGCUAUCACUAAUGAGAUUGCCAAGGUCAAGCACACUAUCAAGGCCCGCGAGGCUAAGGACAAAGCUGCUGCUAAGAAGUUCUUCUCUUGA